AUGCCUGAACUGACCCUCUUUGAACCCCCUCUGUCGUCUAUUCCCGAUGGAUACGACUGGGAGGAGCGUUCUGUGUCCCAGCUGUCGACGACCACGACUUUUCGAGCGGGUUUGGACCAGCGGGACACGUUCCUCGGUGUCGCACGCUGCGUCGUCUGUGGAUUUUCUGACAGUGACUGGCCUAAUUUACGUGCAACCGGGUGGGUCCCGUCGCCUGCUAAACAGACCGAAACGCACGAACCGCGCAAUGCUCUUCGGAUGUGUCCCACCCAUUGCACCCAAUUCAAUACGUUCCGGUAUUUUAUACGCUACAUGCCCGAAGAGCGGAAGUUCAUCCUUUUCAACCACUCUGGGAAGGAUAAUCUCGCUCAGUAUCACGGCAAAGCGAUUGCGCUCGAUAUCGGAGAUCGUCACGCACCUUUCCCCGCACUCUUCAUCCUCCACGAAAUGCGCGUCAGAGCGCACUUCCCGUUUCACUCUACGGUCGAAGCCCCCGAUGAAAUCCUCUGGCAAGACUGGAUCACCUCGUCGGGUGUGUUGCGACCUGACCCGAGUGAAGGUCUUUUCAUCAGAGAGGGUCCACCGCAGCGUCCACCCCGUCCACCACCACCACCACCACAACAGCAACAACAGUCUUCGACACAAGCAGGAGAUGCAUCCGAGUUACCGGCACAAGCUCCCAUCUUAGGUAUCGGAAACGACACGAUCGCGGCCAUUCUUGGAGCGACGCGUGCGAUGCCUUCGUGGAGGGCGUCCCAGAUGGAGGGAACGAGCUGGGACGGGACGGCGGAGGAGAAUCGCGCGAAGUAUAUGGCUUUGUUCCCUGAUGAGGAUCUGUCCAAGAACCCUUUCCCUUCCUCAGACUGA